CCGCGCGCGGGAAGCCGCGGAGAGCGCGGAAGCGUUCCCCGCCUCUGAGAGCCCGGCGAACCGGGAGGAGCCUGCCGGAGGAAGGGGAGGGAAGAAGAACGACUCUUUCUGCGCCCCCGCCGGAGGCGAGCGGCGGAGGAACGCGGUCUCUCGACCAGCCCACCCCGUGACCUUCCGGGGUUGGUCCCUCCGGGGAGCGCGGCCCGCGCUGGGGGCACCGGUACACAAGUCGCUACGGACUUGGACGUCACGGCGCAGCCCCUGGCUCCCUCAAGUCAGAGCGAACACCCUGGCAGAGGCCACCUUCCACAGAUCCAGAGAUGGCAUCCGUGGAUUUUAAGACCUACGUGGAUCAGGCCUGCCGAGCUGCUGAGGAGUUUGUCAACGUCUACUAUACCACCAUGGAUAAACGGCGCCGUCUCUUGUCCCGCCUGUACAUGGGCACAGCCACCCUGGUAUGGAAUGGAAAUGCUGUUUCAGGACAAGAGUCCUUGAGUGAGUUUUUUGAAAUGUUGCCUUCCAGUGAAUUCCAAAUCAAUGUGGUAGACUGCCAGCCUGUUCAUGAUGAAGCCACACCGAGCCAAACCACAGUCCUUGUUGUGAUCUGUGGAACAGUGAAGUUUGAGGGCAACAAACAACGGGACUUCAACCAGAACUUCAUCCUAACUGCUCAGGCCUCACCUAGCAACACAGUAUGGAAAAUAGCAAGUGACUGCUUUCGCUUUCAGGACUGGGCUAGCUAGUGGGGGCAAGAGAGGCCUCCUUGCUCAGCCCCAGCUUUAAACACCAGACUCAAAUCUCAGGAUACAGAGAACAUAAGUUAAUUUCUAUUGUUGCAGUGAUACUGCAGACAACAUUGUGCUGAGGCUGAACUCUUUUGUGUUUCUUGCAGCCCCAGGAGCCCCUUUCCUGAGUAAAUACUUGUUUGUCAUAGUUGCCUUUUAAAAGUAGUAAACUUUUCUAUUUUUCUACUUGUCCAGUAGAGAUCCUGAUUCUGGAAGUUCUGACAAAUAAAAUAAUACAAAUGUUG